AGUAUGUUUUUCUUUCCAACAAAACAUGCCCUUGAUUUAUCUAAUCUAGUGUAGUCUGUACAUUAUUAUUAUUAUUCAAGUACUAUAUGCUUUUAGAUUUAUUAAUUAUAGCAUCACUGUCAAAAUUACAGGAUUAGUUUAUCGUAUGAAAGGGGGUUUGCAGACAAAAUCAGCAUUUAAGCCGUAGAUGGGGAUCUGAUUAUUUUAAUAAAACUUUGGGGUUUGGUUGGUAUUCUAAAUUUUUCUUAUGAUGUCAUGCGAAAGGAAAAUGAAAGAAAAAGUCCAUGGUUUUUUGUAGAAUAGAGAUCACAAAAGUUAGAACAGCUGGGCUUUACGUUCAGCGCUUGGUUUUGAAUAAAUCAAAAAUAAGGAAAAAAGCAAGGAUUGCUGAAUAUCAUUAGAAUCAAUCAUCAUAUUAUCAUCAUUAUUUUAGAUUAAAUCUCGAUGAUUUUUAAACCCUUGUACUCUUUGUCCGUCGUACUCCCAAGCAUGAACUUGAAAGAUGAUGAUUAGAAAAAAUAAAAACCAAACGCAACCCGCGGAUUAGACUAGUCUUGUUUGUCAAUUUUGCUUAGGAUUUGUGACCAACAAUCCGUGUCCCAGGUGUGCUCAUCGCAAACAUAUUUCACCGCGGAGACCAACAGUUGUUGAAUAGACACUAGAAAGGCAAGGUCUUUUGAAUUCUGGGAUUUGUGUUUCUUCUGCAAAGCAACCAGUUUGCUUUGCUGCAUUUGCUCAGUCAAGGAUCUGGGUUUUGCUUUCCAAGUGUUUUCUGACCUGAGUUUUAGUUCAAAACAGUGUUCCUGUGAUCGUGCUGGUGAAGCCCAUAUCAUCAACAGUUAGCCUGUUGUGCCUACGGGAAGCUUUCUGUGUUUUGAAGCAAGAGUGGUCUGUUUGGUAAAGUUUGGUGCUUGAAUAAGCUGGCACUUGAAAGUUGGGAAGUUUGGAUUUGCCUAGAAUUUCAAUUUGAUCAGCGACAACUAGUGGAAUUAUUGUUUUUUCUUUUGUUAGAUAUGGAUCAUGUAUAUCUUGUGAAGCUUUCGUUACAGGAUUCUUUUUUUCUAUGAGAUUGAACAAGAUUGUUGGUAUAUGUGAAGUUAUAGGAAUUGAUAGUGAACCAUCACUUUGAUUCGGUAACUAGAUUGAUGGCAACCACAUCGCCACCUCCAAAUUCCUCUCCUCCUGCUGUGUCACCACCUUCUGCUACCAAUCCACCGCCUCCACCAAGUACUCCCACUCCUCCACCUUCUAACAGUGCUCUACCACCUCAAAACUCUCCUCCUCCUGCACCUUCUACACAUGCCACGCCCCUCUGUCCAAUGCUACCACCUCCGCCUCUACCUCCUCCCCCAGCUUCGCCUCCAGUGACCUCGUCACCACCACCUCCUGCUGAAACUUCACCUCCACCCCCACUGGCCUCUAUCACCCCUCCUCGCCCCGCUGUUUCACCCGCUUCCCCUCCGUCCAAUUCCACUUCUCCGCCGCCAGCAUCACCACCACCAACUGCACCACGUAGUCCUCCACCACCUGCACCCAGGCCAUCACCCGGACCGCCACAAAAUUUAUCACCACCGCCAUCUACUCAACCACCUGCCGCUUCACCAUCACCACAACCACCACCACCUCGACAACCACCAUCUCCUCCGCCACCUACGAAUUCAUCAUCGCCACCUGUUAAUACACCAACACCAUCACAACCUCCCAAAAUUUCACCGCCACCACUAUCUCAAUCUCCACCGACAGUACACCCAAAUCCACCUCCACCAUCUUCUAUAUCUCCUUCUCCAACACCUCCUCCCUCAAAGCUUACACCACCCAAUUCUGAACCAACACCUUCACCUCCAAAUUCUACUUCAAGAUCAUCUUCACCACCAUCCGUAUUAAGACUAUCACCUCCUCCUCCUCCAUCCAAUAAUCCGACUGUGAAUGCUCCCAGUCCCAGUGCGCCAGAAAGCUCAGACUCUCUGGUAAUGAUGGCAUUGGUGUGGGGUGUAGUUGCUAUUGGUGUAGCUGUAGGGAUCAUAGUGCUUAGCCUCGUUGGGCUGGCUGUAUGGUGCUUGACGAAGCAGAAGAAGAAGCUUACUCGACUUAAUGGUGGUUAUGUUAUGCCGUCCCCACUUGGCUCUUCCCCCAGAUCAGAUUCAUUCUUUACGAAGACACACUCCUCAGCUCCUCUUAUUGGAAGUAGUUCUGGAAGUGAUUUUGUGCAUUCACCGCCUCUGAUGCCAGAACCUGGCGGUUUAGGCAAUUCAAGGUCAUUGUAUACAUAUGAAGAAUUAGCCAAGGCCACAAAUGGAUUUUCAGAGCAAAAUCUUUUGGGUGAAGGUGGAUUUGGAGCUGUUUAUAAAGGGUUCUUACUAGAUGGAAGAGAAGUGGCAGUAAAGCAGUUAAAAAUUGGUGGGGGGCAGGGAGAGCGAGAAUUUAAAGCUGAGGUUGCAAUUAUUAGUCGCAUACACCAUCGUCAUUUGGUUUCACUUGUGGGUUACUGCAUCUCUGAGAAUCGAAGAUUGCUCAUAUAUGAAUAUGUCCCUAAUAAUACCCUUUAUUUCCAUCUUCAUGGAGAAUGUAGGGGUGUUCUGGAUUGGGCAACACGUGUUAAAAUUGCUGCAGGCGCUGCUCGUGGGAUAGCUUAUCUCCAUGAGGACUGUCAUCCUCGUAUAAUUCACAGGGAUAUCAAGUCAUCAAACAUUCUUUUAGAUAACAACUUUGAAGCUCGGGUUUCGGACUUUGGACUUGCCAAGUUAGCUCUGGAUGCAAAUACACAUGUAACUACACGUGUUAUGGGAACUUUCGGAUACAUGGCCCCUGAAUAUGCAUCAAGUGGUAAAUUGACUGAGAAAUCUGACGUGUUUUCUUUUGGAGUCGUGCUUUUGGAGCUAAUUACUGGACGGAAGCCUGUAGAUGCAUCUCAACCCCUCGGAGAUGAAAGUCUAGUUGAAUGGGCCCGGCCUUUGCUGAAUCAUGCACUGGAUAGUGAGGAAUUUGAGGGUUUGUCAGACCCAAAGCUUGGCAGAAACUAUGUUGAAAGUGAAAUGUUUCGGAUGAUUGAGGCUGCUGCAGCUUGUGUGCGGCAUUCAGCUGCGAAAAGACCACGAAUGGGACAGGUUGUGAGAGCUUUUGAUAGUUUGGCCACAUCAGAUCUAACCAAUGGAAUGAGAGUGGGUGAAAGCGAGGUAUAUAACUCUGCGCAGCAAUCUGAAGAAAUCAGAUGGUUUCAGAGGAUGGCUUUUGGUAGUCAAAAUUAUAGUACAGAUUAUUUUAGCGAGAAUAGCGGGGGUAGUUGAAGAAGAACAUGGUAAAUAUUGAGAGGCCAUUUCAUCUUAAACCCGGGGGGUUUGCAAGCUGAGCUGGACUUCAAUUCAAAUUAACGACGGAGGUUUUCAGCUGAAACAUACUAAUUUGUCCAUCUCUGGAAAUUGACAACACCAGAUGAGAGACAAUUUUUAGACCCUCCAAAAGCUUUCAACAUGUAUCAUUUAUGUAUUUUCUCCCCCUUUCGGCCAUUCUACUGAAAUUCUUUUGGCUUGUAAUUAGUCCAUGCCAGUUUUGUUCCAACCAAUGGACGUUGGGGUUAUAAUAAAGCUUGUUUUCAAAUUUUCCCUCAAAAUACCAGCAGAUAA